UUUACAGAAUUAUACAAAGUAUUGUUUGACAAGAUAAGACAAGACAUGGCAAGACGUAGAUGUUUAGCUAUGUAGUAUGAACUAUUACCUAUUUUAAUUACAGAGUAGACAUUUUGGAUCAUUUACUUUGGUACAUAUCCACCUAACCUAGGUCAUAAGGGGAAUUCUGGACUUGAACUGCAUAAGUGCAUUAUUGUUGGGUAAUACCCCUGAAAACACUCAACCCGUCAUCACCAAGUCCAUCGCCCCCCUGAUCAUGGACGACCUAAGUAUCUCUGACUUAUAUCUCCCAACCGCACUCGCACUUAUCACGGCAUUACUAUACCAAUAUGUCCUGUAUCCCGCCGUCUUCUCGCCACUCUCCAGAAUCCCCAAUGCGCAUUGGUCCUGCUCCAUCUCACCGGCCUGGAUCUUGUGGGCCCGCUUCAAGAGUCGCGAAAACCGCACUCUACACUUAGCUCACCAGCUUCAUGGGCCCAUAGUGCGCCUCGGGCCUAAUGAGUUGAGCGUGAACAGUGUUGAGGCUGUCAAGACUAUCUACCAAGGUGGCUUCGACAAGCACCAGUGGUACUCCAUCUUCAACAACUAUGGCGUCCCCUGCAUGUUCUCCUUCCAGCAAUCCAAACCCCACUCCACCAGAAAACGCAUGAUCUCCCACGUGUACUCCAAAUCGCACCUCGCCUCCUCCCGCGCCCUCGCCCUCCAAGCCCGCGCCAUCCUAACCACCCGCCUCCUCCCCAUCAUCGCUUCCUCCAAGAACCUGCACGGGGUAGACGUGCACUCGCUCUUCAGCGGCGCCGCCAUGGACCUCAUCGCGGCGUACUGCUUCGGGCUGGGCCGCACCGACGACUUCAUCCGCAACGCGGGCUACCGCGCCCACUGGCUCGCGCUGUACGCCACGCGCUCCACGCACGGCUUCUUCGCGCAGGAGCUGCCGCGGCUCUCACGCUUGCUCAGCUUCCUCGGUGUCCCGCUCCUCGCGGCUUCGUUGUUUGGCGGCGACGACGCCGAUGCCGCGAAUAGGGAGCUCGAGGCCUGGUGCAAGGCGCACUGCGACGCUACGAUCCAGCAGCUCAAAGCUGAAGCGGAAGCGGAAGCUGGGAGGGAAUCAAAGUCGAGCGUAGACACAGCCAACGACCCGGCCGUUGUGCGCGCGCUCCUCGCCGGCAUCGCCAAGGAAGAAGCGCGCACCAGCACCACUACCAACGACAGCGAUCUCUCCCUCCUAGUCGCCUCCGAGAUCUUCGACCAUGUGCUCGCCGGCCACGAGACUACCGGCGUCGCGCUGACCUACCUCUCGUAUCACCUCUCUCAAUCGCCUUCCUUGCAGCGGACGCUACGCGAGGAGCUGCUGAGCGCUGCUGCGAAGCCUACCACCACUACCACUAACAGCAGCAGCAGCAGGGUAGCAGUGUAUCCCGAUGCGCGACAACUAGACCGUCUACCGGUUCUGCACGCCGUGGUGAUGGAGACAGUGCGCCGAUACACACCGGCCGGGGGCCCUGAGCCGCGCGUUACGCCUCACCACCACCCUCAUCAGAAUCAACAGCAGAACACAUCAUCACCAGGCUGUCUAAUCGGCCCCUACCCAAUCCCCCCCGGCGUGCGCGUCUCCGCGUCAGCGUACAACCUUCACCGCGACGCGACCGUGUUCCCGGACCCCGAGAAAUGGGAUCACACGCGAUGGCUGCGUCGUCGUCCUCAUCCUCGUUCACGAGACAGGACCGGAAAAGAAGAAGAAGAAGGGGAGGAAAUGGAAAGUAAUGGGUACCAGCUGAAAGAAAAGGACGAAGACGUAAACAGACACUUCUGGGGUUUCUCGAGCGGCGGGAGGAUGUGUCUCGGCUCGAAUUUCGCCAUGCACGAAAUGAAACUCAUCAUCGCGGCCAUCUACGCAAACUACACGAGCCACGUCGUCGACGACGAGGGCGUCGAGCCGACGGAUGCGUACACGGGUCACCCGAAGAGCGGUUCGUUGUACCUGCGGUAUGAGAGGGUUAUAUAAAGGUACAGGCUGUGUUGUAUUCAUGCUCCUUGUGUUAGCAGCAGGGUGGUUUCAAGAUCUAAAUUCCAUGUACCAUAUAACUAAUUUGGUACCUACUAACCUACAGUAUAACUUGGCGAGAAAAACAGAUUGUUGAGUUAUACAUACCUACCGAAGAUAUUUAUGAGGCGGCCAGUGAAAUUGACCCUAUACGUUAGGCAAGAUACGUAGAAGCGAGAUCUGAUCUUUGACUAUCGAAUGAAUACUACCUACCUAGGUAGUCAUCAGGCUGAUUAGUAUGUUGGUAUACUAUUUAAAU